AUGGCACUUGCUGAAAGUAUUGAAAUAAAGCCCCCAUUAAAUGCAGAUAUUAUUUGUCCAGAUGCUAUAUCAAUAUGUCCAUCGACUAGUACUUGUUGUAUUUCAACAGAUGGUGACUAUUCAUGUUGUCCAGUUCAAGAGGGAGUUUGUUGUUCAGAUCAUAAACAUUGUUGUCCAAAACAUUAUAAAUGUGAUCUAAAAAUCUUCAAGUGUGAUCGUGUUUUUAAUGCAAAAAUGCUGAGUGUACAACCAUCAUUACAUAAAAAUUAA